GACUGAGAGCACACAGACUGCCUGCGUCAGUCCACCAUGGAGAGAGCCGCUGUGAUGUCGGCCCACAGGACUCCCUCAGUACCAGAGUGCAACAUCUCAACCUCCACCCUGGCCUUCGACCAGCACUUCACCACUACUGCCAAAGGAAUACUGCUCCUGGCUGAGAUAGUGUUCGGUAUGCUGGUGUGGAUUCUGGUAGGGGGUACAGACUAUUUUGACGUGUCUGCUCUCUGCUGGGUGAUGUUUGUUGCCAUCUUGUGCUGGGUCCUGACCAUCUGCCUGUUUAUAAUUUACCUCACUGGAGCCCACAGCAGGAUACCACAGGUCCCCUGGACUACACUGUCGCUGUGUUUGAACUGCAGUGCUGCAGCUCUGUAUCUGGUGACAGCAGUAGCAGAUGCUCUCUCAGUCAACCAGGCCAUUAGGGGGCGACACAACUACAACUGCUGGGCAGCAUCUGCAUUCUUUGCGUUUCUGACCACACUGUGCUACGCAGGAAGCAGUUACCUGAGCUACUGUGCCUGGAAAACCACAGAAGAAGGACAGUAGUCUUGUUUCCUGCUGUUUGAAGGCAACAGAGAUCAGACUGGAAAUUUGACUUCAGAGCAGGACAAAUCAAACGAAAACUUGUGUAGAAACUGUAAAUAUGUUCAUAGCAGAGUAUCUUUGCUGCGUGACUUAUGUUUAGCAGGAAGACACUGAGGCAGAGGGAAAAACUUUUGCUCUCAACGCAUUUUUAUGGACUCUGUAACUAAACAAAACGUGAGCUCAUUAAGACAAGGCGUUCUCAAAACAGUGGAAUCUGAGUUAAAUUGUGCAAUGACAAAAAAUAAAAUUUUCCUAUGUU